CCCCAGAAACUCCUGAAUAUAACAGAUGACAAAACAGCCUCUAAAGAGGUGCAGAAGGAGCACUUGGAGAAGACAAAGCAAAGGCAGGAAGUGGCCAAACAAGCCCUGAAAGAUCUGACAGAAAUGCUCAACAGCCGCAGCCACAGGCAGGAUGUGCUGAGGGAGCAAGCAGAGACUCCGUGGCGAGCCAUGGAGAUUCCCAAAGAGUUCUGGCCAUCGCCAAAGGAACCCUUGGCAGAAAUGCUGCAGAGCAUCCAUAAGCAGCUGGAGCAGCAGCAGGAGAUGUCAGCAGGCAGGAGGGAGAACAUCCCUGACACCGAGGUGCUGAGGCGGGCGUCGGGGGGACUGGCCCUGCAGGGCAUCUACAGAACCAGCAGAGCUGGAGAUGUGCUGGCAACGCGAGAGCAGCUCCUCAGGGUUCCUGAGGGAUUCCAGCUCGCCGGUCCAGAGCAAGGAUUGCUGCUUGAAAGGAGGGAGUUCUCCUCCCAUGCAGCAGAAUCCACUUUCACCAAGUCCAUGCAGCAGCUUGGGUUCAGCAUGAGCAUUUCUACCAAAUCUGCAUUCUGGGGAGUUAAUCCACUUUCACCAAUUAAUCUGGGAGCGGUUGUAGAUCACAGCAGCUCCUCGCAGUCCCAGGGCACACACCAGUGCCACUCUGAGCAGAGCUACUUCUGCACCACCAAGUUCCAGUACAUCCCCCUGGCCUCCUGCUACUUUCAAAGGCAUCAGCUUCGCCUCUCGGAUGUGCCUCUGCGGGAGCUGCAAGUCAUGGAGCAGAUUUUGGGCUUCACUCAGAAAGAAGACAACCUCAUGUUUGUGAAGAUGUGUGAGAGCUUCUUCAGCAGGUUUGGGUCCCACAUAAACCAGGGUCCCCUUCACUUUGGGGGGAUAUUCUGGUGGAAGGCAUCCACAGAAGGAUUCCGAGCUGAGCAGCUGGAAGAGGUGAAGCGACAAACGUCUGAAGCACUGAACAGCUUUGUCAGGGCCAUCUGCACUGGCGGUUGGGGCAGUUUAGGAGGUACCCUGGAUAUUUCUAAAUGCAGCUCAGAGGCUUCUGUCCGGGUAAGAGCUGCAGAGAAAAUUUUGUACAUGGCCAAGGAAAUGGAAGUGGCAUAUGAGGAGUACGUGAACCUGAAGGAGCAGGAUGCCGACAGAGCUGAGGCCUCCCUUCUGCUGAUGGGUCUGACUGUGACACCAGGAAGUCAAAAGCUGUCCCCUGAGCAGAAGAGGGAGCGUUUAGUUUUCAUGGAAGAUCACAUGAAAGGCUUGUGGUCCACACGGAUAAAGAAUCUCCUCCAAAAGCACAGUGCAGAUGGAGACUGGGAGAGGCUGGAACGGGACUUGCAUUCCUUGAUCAGUGAGUGCUUGGAUGACAAAUUGGAUGAACAGAGGAUAAUGAACAUACUCACAGACUUGCAAGAUAUGCUCCUAACACCUGAGAUGCGCAUUCAGUUCCAAUCCAAGCCAGACAGCAGCCAAUCCAAAGCAAAUGAAGCCAUUGCAAACCAGGAGUUCCUCCAGUUACUCAAGCGUCUUGGACUUGAAAGUCACUAUCCAAGAAAAAUGGGGAUGGGAGAUUUCUGCACCAUUUGCAGAAUAUCUCUGCAGGACAGCCAGCCCAGCAAGGACAAGGAACUGCCAGUAUACUUCUUGCAAAAGCUGUUAACUGUGGAUUACCAGGUGAGAGACUUGACUUGCUGGGAAAAGAGCAACCCAACAUCAGAACCCCUGCCAAAAACUACAGCAAAUGAUCGCCGACACUCAGAGUCCUUUGAACAGUUUUACAAUAAAUUAAAGGAGGCCUCCCCUGAAUGUGCAAGCAGGGACAGCCAUGUGCACCCCAUGGACCUGCAGAUGGCCAUUUUCCACUGUGCUGAUGAUUUCCUGAGACAGACCCUUGCAACCAAGCUGGCGUUCUGCCAACUGUCGCUGCCUCUGCUGCUGCCCAACCCGGGCACUUCACAGAUCGAGUUCCCACUCUAUGCCCUCAGCCAAAUCCAAAGGAGCUGGAAAGAGACAGAGAAGUCAGGAAAGCAGGCCAAAUCCAAAGGAUCUCAGCUCCUGAACGCUGUGCUGAGCAAACGCAAACACGACACUUUCUUCCACCGCCACUGCAGAGGCAGCACCAGAGAGCGUUUGCUGAUGGAAGGGGUGGUGGAGAUCGCCUGCCCGGGGUAUCCUGUGGAGCUGAUGGAUGGGGACGCUUCUUACCUGCCCCUGCGCUGGGUGGGAGCAAUCUUUGACAGCUUAAUUGAGAGGCUGGGGGACAAACGAGUGUUUGUGCUCUCUGUGCUCGGCAUCCAGAGCACAGGCAAGUCCACCCUGCUGAAUGCCAUGUUUGGUCUGCAGUUCAAGGUCAGCGCAGGGAGAUGCACCCGCGGAGCCUUCAUGCAGCUCAUCCCAGUGGGCGAGGAGCUGCAGCAAGACUUGGGCUUUGAUUUUGUGCUGGUGGUUGACACAGAGGGACUUCGUGCCAUAGAGAGGGGAAAAAAACAAUCCCUGAAGCAUGACAACGAGCUGGCCACCUUUGUCAUUGGUGUUGGCAACUUGACUGUGAUCAAUAUCUUUGGAGAAAAUCCAGCAGAAAUGCAAGAUGUUCUCCAGAUCGCUGUGCAGGCUUUCCUGAGGAUGAAGAAAGUCAAUCUUUCCCCAAGCUGCCUCUUUGUGCACCAAAAUGUGGGAGAAGCAACUGCCAAGGAGCAGAACAUGGAAGGACAAAGGCGUUUGCAGGAAAAGCUGGAUGAAAUGACCGUGGUAGCUGCCCAGCAGGAAUUCUGUGACGUCUCCUCCUUCAGUGAUGUCAUUGGCUUUGAUGUGAAGACCCACAUUCACUACUUUGCUCACCUGUGGGAAGGAAACCCCCCGAUGGCACCACCCAACCCCACCUACAGCCAGAACGUCCAGCAACUAAAGAGCAAAAUCCUCCAGGCUGCCAAGCAGCAACCGCAGCGCAGCAUUUUGAAGCUCUCGAGCCUGAAACAUCGUAUUGGUGACCUGUGGAAUGCUUUGCUGAAUGAAAACUUUGUUUUCAGCUUCAAGAAUUCCCUGGAGAUUGCUGCAUACAGGAAUCUGGAAAGUGCCUUUAGUGACUGGACCUGGAGGCUGAGGAGUCACUUCUUAGAUGUAGAGAUGAGACUGAACAACAAAAUUCAGAAUGGAGACCUGCAGAAUGUCACCAGAGAACACCUUGAAGGGCUGAUGCAAGAGAUAAGUAAUGCUAUUGAGAAAGAAGUGGAAAAGUAUUUCAGGGAAGACAAAGACCAUGAGACACUGGUCCAGUGGAAAUCAAGCACAGAGAUGAAGCUUAAAGAACUAAGAGAGGCUCUUCUAGUUGAAUUGGAAAAGAACUCUAAGUAUCUUAUUGAGCGACAGAAGGAGUACAGGAAAGUGGAUGCAAGGAAGUUGGAAUAUGAAGCUGAGCUCCUGAGAAGGAGUAAGGAGUUGGCUCUGACUCUAAAACAGAUGAGUCUCCAUUCUGUUUCUUUGGGAGACUACUUUAACUCUGUCUGGAACCAGUGGAUUGAUGAAGUCUUCUAUGAUGUUCGUCCUCCAGAACAGGUGGAUAUCGAUGCAGAAGUCGAAAAUGUUCUUUUAGAGCACUUUAAUGAGCCUGGUAUCUGUGAAAAGAUCACGUCAUUUCCCAAGGACAGAAAAUUCUCUUUUGAUUCACAGAAACACAUAUUGAGAAAAAAGUCUUUGUACGUCAUCCCAAAUUUAAUGAGCAUUAGUAAUUUGGAUGUGAUAAAAUUUCAGCACAUCACAGACAACAUCAUAGCGUGUGUGGAGGCAAACAUUGCAAAGAAGGAACAGGAGAAAAGGGAUUACAGUCGAAAUUUUAUUCAUGAAAUACUUAAUGAAGUACAGAAAGGUGUGAACUCUGUCCCCAGAAAUGCAAAAUGUACUUUCAACAAACAGUACAGCAUAGAUUUGUCUCUGUAUCUGUGCAAAAUGGCAGCAGAAAGGUUCAAAGCCAUGCACGAAGCAUUCCAAAAGGCAAAUGACCCAGUUGUGUACCUGAGCAGCAAGAGAGAAGACUUCUUCCAAUGUUUCCUCAUUUCCUGCAAAGGAGCCACUUCAAUCACAACUUUUGUUGUUUUUCUUUGUGACAAGAUUGAACCAGCUCUUCGCCAGGCAGUCUUUGAGAGGACGGCUAAAGACAUUGCUGAGGACGUGAAGAGAAAAUUCCCAGACUUCAGGGGCAACAGAGCUAAUCUGGAAGUUUGCAUCCUGAGAUACCUGGCAGAACAAGAAAAUUUUGCGUAUUUCAAGCAGUACCUUACGUCUCCAAAACUGUUUUUUCGGAGUUACAUUGAGAGACGAGUUAAGAGUCACUGUUUAGAUGAGAGUAGGAGACUUCCGAAGUUUUUAGAGUCCUCCCUUAAUCUUCUGUAUCGAAACAUCCUGUCAGCUGUUUCUUUAUCAACCCAAAUUGUCAAAGACAGAAAAGACAGACAAGACAAAAUCUCUCUUUGGCUGGAUGAAUUUUGCAGGGAACUGGCAGAAGUGAUCAACUUGCCCAGAAGUGACCUGAAGGGCAUCGAGCAUCAGGAGGUCACAGACAUUGAGUUCCUGAGCAGUGUCAUGGCAGAAGGUCUGGCUGCUGUGAAGGACAGGAUCAAGGCAGAAUUUACUGAUGCGGACUUGAGCUCAUUUUCAAGGCAGCCUCACACCAUCCUGGCAGAGCAUUUUUCGGGGUGCUGGGAGCAGUGUCCCUUUUGUGGGGCUGUCUGCACAAACACCAUGCGGGAUCACCCC